GUUUAUAGAAGGUCAGGAAAGUAUGGGAAAUGAAGGAUGGAAGGGAUUUAAAAGCAUUUACCAGUACUAUGUGUCAAGCACUAUAUUAGGUGCCUAGGAUAAAAAUACAAAAAUCAAGAUUGUUCCUGUCCUCAAGAAGCUUAUUUCUUAAUAGGGGAGGAAAGCUCAUGUAGAAGAAUGGUGUCCAGGAGAGGGGUCUUUUGGUUUAGGAAGUUAUAAAUAUGAUAAGUAGAGUCAUUAGGACAAUUGAUUGACAGGAAUGGUAUUAUCAAUUUGAUUACUGUUCCCAAAGCAAGAAGUGGAAGCUGGUGAAGGGAAGGUAUGAUGAGGUGGUUUGGUGGGGAAAUAGAGGACAUCACAGGUGAUUCUGGGAAUGAAUAGAAAUAGUGGACUCCAAUGAGGAGUGCAGAUCCCUUGCAUUCUUGGCAGGUGAAGGGGAAAAGGGUGAGUGCUAGCAUACAGUGUUUGAGGUCAAGGAUGAAGCUCAGCAAUAGUAGAGAGAUGGUCCUGAGAUGAAGGCCCCAAAGAUGGGAAAAGACAGGAUCUUAGGCAAAGUUGGAAGAAUCUUAACUUUGGAGUAGAGAAAACCUUUCCUGAUAGCCAUGGUUUUUUAAUCUCAGCUCCCUCUUCAGAAUAUUUUGUUCCCAUUCUCUGUGUAAAUGUUGACUUUUUCCAGUGAAAGAUAAAUUUUUUGGGGUCUAUUGUUUUUUGUCUUUGUAUCCCCAGCAUCUCGCACAAUAUUUUGUACAUAGUAAAGCUUUUGGAUUCUAUUUCUGACCCUGAAGAGAGGAUGCUGCUCUGCUGAUAAUACUUUACAUGUCUAUGUCACAGUAGCAUCUAUUACACUGUGAAUUUCUUGUCACAGUGAUUUUUCAGGUAGGUAGGGCAGGGAUUUAUGACAGAGGAGAAAACUAAGGCACAGCGAAGGUUGUGACUUGCCGAAGAUUACACAGCUGGUGUAAGUUACAGCUAGGAUGCAGCUCCAGACCCUUCCAACUCCAUGUCUGGUCCUCUUUCUGCUGCUCUACCUUGAUAUACAAUAUGUUCAUGUUGUAUGUAUGUAGUACAGUAUGUAUUAUUGAAGGUCUAACAUAUAGACCAAAAGCUUUAACCUCUCUUUUUCUGAAAUCUGAAAGCUGGAAGAAAAACUUAAUGGAUUCUGUUUUCCAAUGUCCCUUUAUCCCAAAUAAUACCUGUGUGUCCUUUCCAUUAGUGGCAGCUAGAUGGUGCAGUGGAAAGUGUGUUGGACCAGAAUUUCAAUGUGAUUUCAGAUACUUGCUAAUUCUGCAGCCCAAGGCAGUAAGAUGGCACAGUGGUCUGGAGUCAGGAAGAUUUAAAUUCAACUCCAGCUUCAGACACUAGUUGGGUGACCCUGGGCAAGUAACAUAACUGUUUACUUCAGUUUCCUCAUUUGUAAAAUGAGCUGGGUGAAGGAAAUGAUAAAUACUCUAUAUCUUUGCAAAAGAAAGAAAGGAAGGAAAGAAAGGAAAAAAAAAAAACUAAAUGGAAUCAUGAAGAGUUGGACAACUGAACUAUCUGGACAAAUCACUUAACCUCUGCCUCAGUUUCCUAAUUGCAAAAAGUAUAAUAGUACCAAUUACCUACUACGGUGGUUUGUGAGGAUCAAAUGAGACAAUAUUUGUAAAGGGCUUAGUGCAGUGCCAGACACAUACUAGGUGUUUAAUAAAUGCUUAUUUUCUCUUCUUUCUCUGUCCAAACCUAUCAAACUCCUUAGUGUUUUCUCUUUGCCCCUUUCAGCACAUGUAUUUCUUGCACCAGAUCAUCCUACACCACCUGCUUUCUCUACAUAAAUGUUUUUGUUUUUGUUUUCCUUUUUUUCUACAUAUAUUCUUGAGCUGUUGAAUGCCUUUUGAGGAAGUCAUCUCACCCGGCCAAGUAGGUUCAUUACAAAUUCAUGUUCUCUAAUCUCAAAUGAACCCUCAUUGUUGACAAAAUUUUUAUUCUUCCUUUAUUGACCUUACAUAUAAUUUCAUUCAGUGACUUUUCCAAAUCUCAAAUCCUUAUUACCUUCCCAUCUUUCCUUUUGAGUGCAUAUCCUUUUAUGCUACUUUACUCAGAAAAUAGAGGCCAUCCCUCAAGAGUUCCCCUUUUUCCUCCAAUCCAUACACCCAUAGUCUUUAUAUUGCCACCUAUUCUCUCCUUCAUUCCCAUCUCUCAGGAAGAGGGGGCCCUUGUUCCUUCCCAAAACCAACUCUUCGGACUGUGCCCUUUAUCCCGUUAUUCUCCUGUUUCCUCCAGGGACUUUCCUUAUCCAUUAUCCCCUUGAAUUUCUCUCUGACAUGUUCUUAUAUGGCUGUUUUCUUUGGUACUUCUAUUUCUAUUCACAUUUAACAGAUACUUUUUUCAGACAAAGCAUGUGGCAUUGGGAAUGCCAAUGGUAUUAUCCCAUCCCCAUUUUAUAGAUGAAGCUAAAGCUCAGAGGAAUGAAAUGAAUAUGGAAUAGUGCAAAGAUUACUGGGUUUUCAGUCAGAGAAUCUGACUUUACUACUUGCUACUUUAUAAAUCUUACUAUUUUACUUACUGCCUUACUUUACUAACUUGACUAAUUUUGAGUAACUUCUCUGUAACCGUUUGCUCCCACUAGGUGAUCUCUGAGGUCCCAUCCAGCUCUAACUCUAAUGAUCUAAGCAACUUGCCCAACUUCCAUACAUCCUGACUUAGCUUCCAUUUUCUAUUUUGAAAUCUAAGUUGGUUAAUGACUUCCUUUUGUACCUACACAGUUUUCAUUAGAUAACUUCCCUUUUAGAAUUGUUUGUAUUGCUAGAUUUCAUUAUUUAGAGUAUCACAGCUCUCUUGGGCUGACUUCCCCUUCAGUAUUUUAAGCCAUGGAAGCCCACUUAUCUUUUCUCCAAACUCUGAAAUCUGCUCACAACUCAAGGCAUCAGACCAUGCCCAACUUUCUUCCCUAUAUUUACUACAAGUUCUAGGAUAGAAGGUCACUUGCAUUAAAAACUCUAAAAGAAGCUCUAAAUGCAAAUGCUAGGCCUUUUAUCAAUUAACUUUGGAAAAAUCAUAAGAGAAUGGGAGAGGGGCCAUAGGGCUGGAAAUGGGCAGAUUCCUUGAUUUUCAAAAAAGAGGAAGAAAAUGGUUUUUUAAAAAUCAGCCAACUGGGGAACUUAAUUUCAAAUCUGGACAAAAUUCUAGGAUAUGUUAUUUAAAGGAUGGUUUCUGAUUAUUUGGAAGAGAAAGAGUGAUUACAAAACAUCAUCACAGGUUAAGCAAACAACCUGGUUGGUUCAUGCCAGGCUAAUCUCAUUUCCCUUUUGAUUUGAGGGUAACUACAGCAAUGUUGCUGUUCGAUUGUUACAGUUCCUCAAGACCCAUUUGGGGUUUUCUUGGUAGUAGAAUGAUUUGCCAUUUCCUUCUCCAGCUCAUUUUAUAGAUAAAGAAACUGAAGCAAACCAGAAGUGAGUUGCUGAGGGUCACAGAGCUAACAAGUGCCUGAAGCUGAAUUUUAAUUGAGAUUUUCCUGAUUCCAGGCCCAGCACUCAAGCUACACAUAAUUAUAAGAGUAGAUAGGGAUAAUGUCACAACUUGGAUUUUUAGAAAGAUGAUAAACAAGUUUCUUAUGAUGUCCUUCUGGUUUAGAGACUGGAUGAUACUAAUAAAAUUAUGAAAAAAAUAAUGAAUUAUGAAAAAAAUUGAAUCUUGUGGAAUAACCAGGCCACUACAAGUUUUAACCAAGCAGUGACUAGAUCUUUUCUUGUCCAUUCAUGGGAAAAGAAUUAAGUGCCAAGGCCCAAGCCCAUGAUGAAAAAGGUCUAAGUAACAGUGAAAUAUACCUGGCUCAGCAACAGCUGCAGUGGGAGAGCAAGGCAGCAGUAGCAUUUGGUAGUGUAGAAACCUAGGAGUCCUGCCCAUUCAGGUACAUACAAGGAAUUAAAAGUUGAAGCUGAGCCCCUGGGAAUGCAUUGAGGACUUCAGUCAUCAUGUCAGACAACCAAAAGACCAUCAGUGAAACACAGAGCCCAGAAUGUUCCAAAAGUCCAUCUACCCCCACCAAGAUCCUCUGGAGCUAAUUAGUUAUAUUGAACAUUAAACUAUCCCCAUUUCCACCAGAAACUAAUCUUUUUUCCUUUAUUUGCUUUUAAAAAUGAUAAUUUUGCUGUUGGGUCAAGAAAACAAUACUGAGUUAGGUCUGUCUUUAGAGGACUGUAACAGUCCUUGGCCCUAGUCUGUUCAACCUUUUAAUCAUUAAAUGGAAGCAUAGAUGUUUAUCAAAUUUGCCAGACAUGAAAAAGUACACUGAAUAAUAUAAUCAUCAUCCAGAAAGAUUAUGAAAGGCUGAAUCUAGUGGGAUUAAAUUUAAUAGCAUCGUACAUUUGAGUUAAAACAAUUGCCUAAUUGUAAGAUUUUAGGGGUUUGGAUGAGGAUAAGUAAUGGAUCAUAAUUGCAAACUCCUAAGUCAGUUGUGUAACAUGAUAGUGAGACAAUCAAAACAACCUUGCUCUUAAACUUGUGCUUCCAGAAGGACAAAAGUGAGGAUCCUUCUGUCAUUGGUCCCAAUCAGGCCAUACCUGAAAUAUGCUAUUAGGAAAAGUCAUUGACAAACAGGAAGUGAAGUGGAUAUUGACCAUCAUCUGGAGGAGAGGUUUGGAAAAUACGAGGAUCUUUGAUAAAACCGGAGAUGAUGAGAUGAAAUGGGGGAGAUGGACGUGUCUUCAAGUUUAGAGGGCUGUUGUUAUGUUUAAGACCCAAUUAGAGAUAUUUUUCUUGGUUCCACAAGGCAGAAUCGUCCAUAGACGAAAGUUUCAGACAGACAAUUCUAGUGGAGUUAGAAGGGGAAAAAUUUUUUUCCCUCACAAUUAGAGCUGCCCCACGGUAUAAUGGACCGUUUUAGGAGGCUUUGUGGGAGGGCUUCAAAGAAGAAUCUUGUAGAAAGUUAUAUACGGGUUGGACAAAUCACCUCUGAAGUUUGUUUCCAGUCCGGAGAGGGGAAGAUUCUGAAUUCUGGAGCAGAGUUACAGAGGAAGGGAAACUGAAUUAUUGGAAGAUCUUUUGUCCGGAUGGAACUGUGACAGACAAGGUAGUAGCUUGUUGGAGGUGGUUGGAGGAUCCGCUGGGAUCUGAGGGGAGGGGCCCUUGCAGAGAGGGAGUAUCUGUCAAAGCUGGGGCUGGGGAAAAACACUGGAGAGCCAGGUUGUGCGUGGAGGCGGGGUGGGGGAACCUUGGGGUAGAUGGGCGGGAGGUAACCAGUCCCCUUCCCCUCCCUCGGGGCGGGUUGGCGCAUGCCCCCAAACUCGCGGUGCUGAGUGCGGAUGCAGCGCAGUCGUGGCCCGAUAGCCCGCAAGGAGGUGGCGCGUCGGUAGGGCUUUCUCGGGCUCCAGCAUGUUCACCUCCUCCCGAAGAGGCUUCUCCAUCGAGGCGCUAGUGGGAACCUCCGCCGAGCCGUUGCUACACCCCACGCCAGCCAAGCCCUGUGCUUCACCAACCUGGGGGGCUGCCCGCCUGCUGGUCCUGGAGCCUCAGGCUGUCCCGGAACGCGGAGCCAAUGGUCGCUUGGGUCCGCCCCCGCCCGGAUCCCGGGACCUAUGCAGUUGCUGCCCCUGGCUUCUACGAAGCGGCUUGUGGACACCGAACUUUCCGGGAGAAAUCCAUUCUCCUGAGAGCCUGCUGCUUUGUGGGCCCUUUACUCGAAAGCCCAAAAGGAUCCGGACAGCUUUCUCCCCAUCCCAGCUCCUGCGGCUAGAAAGAACCUUUGAGAAAAGCCACUAUGUAGUGGGAGCAGAGAGGAAGCAGCUUGCAAACAGCUUGUGUCUAACGGAAACUCAGGUCAAAGUAUGGUUCCAAAAUCGUCGAACAAAACACAAAAGGCAGAAGAUGGAGGAAUGCCCAACAGCAGAAGAAAAGAGGAAGAAUGGACCGCUCAUGAGUCAGUGGCAGGUGGCUGCUAGGCAGGGCACUGAUGAGGACAUUGAUGUGAUAUCUGAGGAUUAGGAGUACUCUUGGGGCCUGGAAGAUGUGCCCUCUCAUGAAAGAAUGCUUGAGGCCUGGCCGUGGGACAAGUUUGAUGGCAGAGGCAGUACCUCUUUGAUGAGGCAGACAAGAGUUUAGGAAUUUUCCAGUGAUAUCUUAACCACCUGGAAUCUGGUUUUGAGAUUGACACCCACUCAAGAUUGCAAGGUAAUAAAUUGGAAAAGAAAGUUUUCUUCAGAGCUGAACACAUGCCUGUAAUUCCUUCUGUGAUAGCUGAGGCUUCUGGAUCUCAGGCUCUCUGAGAUAGUGUUAAUCAAAGUGUCCAAAUCUGGCAUAAUAUGGUGAACCUCUAGUAGCUAGACACCAGUAGGCUGCUUAAGCAGCCAAGUGGCAGCUCUGGUUGGAAACCAAGUAGGUCACAGUUCCCAUGCUGAUCCAUAGUGGAACUAGGCCUGUGAAUGGCCACUAUACUUUCAUUCUGGCUAUGAUAAGACUGUCUUCAAAAAAAUUUAGUUUUCAUAAGAAAUUUGCGUUGCUAUGAGAGUAUAAGCUGGAGCUCCAGAUAACUACAUUGAAGAUAAAAGAUGGAGCUACCUCAUUUAAUAGUAAUGAGAAGUACAAAGGUUGGAGUAGUCUAGAAGAAGAGUGUCAGAGGAAGCUGAUUUCCAGGCCUGGCCUUUCUGACCCAUCACCACCUGUCUGAACUAGGUUCUCUCGGACAUACUUACUUCUUCAUUCCAUCAGUCACUUCAGAUUAAGGAGUCAGAAUGGGAAAAGGAGACUUUGAAUCUACUCAGAAAACCUGUAUCCUGGUGUUUCAUUACUUAUGUACAAAGAUACAGUUGGGUAUAUUGGUUAUCUGUAUAUCCAUUGAUUUGUUCAGUUCUGUCUUGUCCCUGUGAUCCAGAGUGUGAGUGUGUAUAUAUACGAAUGGAUCUGUGAUCCCAUGCCUGAGGUCCUUCUGUCCAUUGUUGCAGAGACUAUCCCAAAACAUCUUUUCAUCUUGUGUGAUAUCUGUCUGUGUUCUCCAUACAUCCUCCACAGAGUACUUCUCAAUGUGCUUUUGCUAAGUCUACAUUUCAUAGAUACCAGUGAAACAUUUGGGUUGGCUACUCUUGUUUUGCUAUACAACCAGGUUCUGCUCCUUUUCCAAAUAUACAUUUCCUGAAUAUCAUUCCUCCUGCAACUUGAAAAUGUGGAAAUACAGCAUGGUCUAUAUACACCGACCAUCUACUGAACAAUUUCUCUAACUCUGUUCCUAGCUCUUCAGUUUUAACAGUAUCACCAAGCGAACGUAUGGAAGUUUAUGCCAGGGAGCUGCAAAACACACUGCGUUUUCCCAAUUAUAAUCCAGUCUUCUUCCUGCUAUCGAGUUCUAAGCCUAACAUUUUUAUGUAAUGCCUAUCUCAGAUGUGUACUGAUGGAGUAGGGAAAAGUUUUAAGUUUAAUUGGGAAUACUAUAAGCUUCCCUAUCAUGUCAUUCUCUAAGAUGAGAUGGAUACUAUUCUAAGGCUUAUUCAUUUUCUUGACACAUAGUUAGCACGAGUCCCUUCUCAUUCUUUGGUAGCCUUUUAUUGUGUAGUCAUGACUAAGAAAACAAGUCUGGAUUUCAUGACAGUAUCAACAGGUUUCUGACAAAUUCCUCUCCUAGGACUAGUAGGAGUGGUUGCAAAUAAUCCCCUUGCUGUACUUCCUUCAGAUUAACAAGGAAAAUGGAAUAAAUCUGCCUUGCCUAGUUGAAUUAUACCUCACUUAUAUACAAAGUUUGGCCUGUGACUUUUCAAAAUAAUGCUUGAAUCAGAAGGGAAUAUUUAUUCCAUUUAAUGUAAAAAGUAUUUUGGUGCAUAAAUUGACCAUAUACCUUUUCUAUGCUGGGAUGAGGGGAAAAGAUGAUUUAUAACAAAUAAUCAAAUAUAUCAAAAGAUACAUUGCUAAGAACCCCCUUACUGGUGGACAUAUUUGUCUGACAAGUUUCAGAUAUAUAUUUUCUAUUCUGUUUUUGCCUCAGUGUUUUGAGUAAAACCUGAAUACUUCGAUUUAGAACCCUUUCUUCCAAUUUGCUAUGAUUGAUAUAUGUCAGGUACAAUUAAUCACUUUUUUGUUAAUCAAAUGCUAUUCCCUUCAUGUCUGCUUGUCUGCCAACAGCUGGAGUGCUCUCUACACUAAUCACUUCUCCUUAAUACCUAAUUAAAACCAUGCUGUUUGCAGAAUCUUUUUUCUUAAAAAUAACCCAUCCAUACUUUCUUAAAGAGAUUAAAACCAAGUUAUUUAUUUCUCCUCCCUCAUCUGGUUAACCAUCUCUUCUAAGAAAAAAAACAGUUCUCUUAAGGGUAAAAUUCAGUUGUCAAGUCUUAUAUUGUAAUUCUGUUAGUUUGCUAUUUUAAUACAUUUUCUUGAUAUCCUUUGUCAUAUUACUAUCAUUCCUGGAAACUGUCCUCUACCACAUAAAACUUGACUGCCCUGUUAAGAAAAAAAAAAACCUACCAAAUAGUGACCAAAUCUGACAACAUAUACAACUUUUGGCUUGUAUCAUCUCCUAUCUUCAUGCCCUGAAGAGGCAGUUAUGUUUCAUUAUCCUUUCUCCAGGAUCAUUAUUCUUUUGGUUUUGCUUAUUUUACUAUCAGUUCAUCAAAAUGUUCCCAUGUUUUUCUGAAUCCAUUGCUAAUAGUCAUUCCUUACUGUAUAAAUAUAUUAAACAUUCAUGUCACAGGUUUUUCAACUAUAUUUCAAAUCAAUUUCCAUUUCUAGUUCUUUGUUACAACAUUGCUGCUGUGAAUAUUUUAGAAUAUAUUGGACUUUUCUGUCUUUGAGCUUCUUGAAUUGAUUGAUUCACUACUAGAAUAUAUGAACAGGCUACCCUGGAAUAACUCCCAAUUGAGAUCUAAGAUAGUUGGAAUAGUCAACUCCAAAAAUAUUGUAUUAGUGUGCUUUUCUUUUUUAUAUUUUUAUUUUUUAACAUUCACCUUUGCAAAACCUUGUGUUCCAUAUUUUCCCCCUUCCUCUCCCCUGCCCUCUCCCAUAGACAGCAAGCAAUCUAAUAUAGGUUAAACAUGUGCAAUUUCUUCUAAAUAUAUUUCCAAAUUCAUCAUACUGCACAAGAAAAAUCAAAUCAAAGAAAAAAAACAUGAGAAAACAAACCAACAACAACAACAAAAGUGAAAAUACUAUUCUUUGAUCCACAUUCAGUCUCCAUAAUUCUCUUUCUGGAUGUGGAUCUCUCUUUCCAUCACAAGUCUAUUAGAAUUUCCUUGAAUCACAUUGUUGAAAAGGGCCAAGUCCAUGACAAUUUAUCAUUAUUUAACCUUGUUGUUGCUAUGUACAGUGUUCUCUUGAUUCUACUCACUCAGCAUCUGUUCAUGCAAAUCUUUCCAGGCUUUUCUGAAAUAAGCCUGCUCUUCAUUUCUUAUAGAACAAUAAUAUUCCACUACAUUCAUAUAUCAUAACUUAUUCAGCUAUUCCCCAACUGAUGGACGCCCACUCAAUUGUCAAUUCAUUUAGUGUGCCUUUCUUCCAUUGUCUCUGACCAUUUUGUUGACCAUCUUUCCCAAAUUAUAAUAGUUUUGAAUUACUUUUCUUCUAUUAGUGAUGUAUUUUCAAAUAGUCACUUGUUUUUAGUACCUGUCAGAGCAGUUUCUUCAACUCCUUUGACUAUUGGAGAAUGGUUCUUGGUAUUUUAUAUUUUUGAUAAUUUGCUAUAUAUUUUUUGCUUUUAUCAUUGAUAUUUGAUUUAAUUUCCCCCUCCCCAUUACAGUUUCUCUUAUUUUAUCUUAUUUGAUUUUGUUUGUACAAAAGUUUUAAAUUUUUUUCUGUAGUCAAAAUGUCGUGUUUUGUCUUUCAUAUUUUCUUCUAUUCCUUGUUUAAUAAAAACUCUUCUCCUGUAUUCUUAACCAAAAAUAGAUGUGAUUACAAAAGAUAAAAUAUAAUUUCUAUUACAUGGAAUCGAAAGCUUUUCUAUUAGCAAAAUUAAUGCAACUGGGAUAAGAAAGCUGUUGAUAAGGGGAAAAAAUUAAAUCAAAUAUUUCUGAUAAUUAUGGUAACUAUAACAUAUAAAGAAUUAUGUAAGGUCAAAAACCAUUCCUCAGCUAAUGUGAUAAAAAGGAUAUAUGAACUUUUUAAAAGCUUUGCAAACAGUUAACAAAGACACAAUUGCCCCAAAUCACUAAUAACACAACUGCAAAUCAGAAUGACUCUGAAAUGUCAUUUCAUAUCCAGGAAAUUGACAAAAAUGGUAAUAGGUAAUGGUGGAGUGACUGAAGAGAGGCAUAUUGUUAUAAUUUUCAUGGAUUGGUUAAAUGAAUUGGUUAAAUUAUUCUGGAAAGCAGUUUGGAAUUUUGCCAAGAAAAUUACUAAAAUGUCCAUAUCUUUUGAUUUAAGGAUCUUACCACUAGAAUUAUAAGGUCAAAGACAGAAAUAAAAUUAAUAUUAAUCAAAAUAUUAGCAAAGAACUGGAAACAAUGUAAAUGACUGCCAAUUGGGAGAUGACUAAAUAAAUGGUGGUACUUGA